AUGUAUACAUUGUCUACUAGUGAUGAGGGUGUCUGUCACCUGUGUGUGCCGCCUGACCCCGGUAUCCAGUCUGCUGCUCUAGGUGCUGGUGAGUCUGCUGCUCUAGAUGUUGGUGCGUCUCCUGCUCCAGGUGCCGGUGAGGCUGCUGCUCUAGGUGCUUGUGCGUCUUCUACUCCAGGUGUUGGUGAGGCUACUGCUCUAGGCGCUGGUGAGUCUAUUGCUCCAGGUAGUGGUGAGUCUGCUCUAUCUGGUGCGGUGCCUGCUGCGGUCUUGCACACCUUCAACCUUGACUCAAGUGCUUCCCGCUCCUUCUUUCAAGACCGCACCACACUCACGCCGCUUAGUCGGCCGGUUGCAGUCUCCCUGGCAGACUCCUCUGGGGGUCCUGUCCUUGCCCACUACUCUACUGUCCUACCGUGUCCGGCGGCCCCGUCUGGCUUCCUGUCAGGUCUUUACCUCCCCUCAUUCUCCACGAACUUGGUGAGUGGUGCUAACCUGCAGGAUGGGGGGGUUGACCAGUUCACUCCCACGAGUCAGCGAGUGACCCACUACACGUGUGCUCAGAUGGGCCGACACUUGGCCACGUUUACCCGUAAGCCGGGGUCGAGCCUCUACACACUGGCUACUGAGUCUCCUCCGGUUACUUUGUCUGGUCAGGUAGCUGCGUCGGGUCAGGUGUUUGCUGCAGCGUCCACGUCUGGUCCUGAGUCUGCCCCCUGCUCGUGUCGUCUCACCAUACUCUCCUCUGGCACAACCCCCUUGGUCACCCCUCCCUGCCUCGUCUUUGAGGCAUGGCCUCCUGUGUCCUUGUCUCUGGUCUCCCCCGGUCCCUCCCUCCCCUUCCUCCGGAGCCUGCCCCUACCUGCGUUCACUGCGUCGAGGGGCGGCAGCGCCGCCCCUCACUCCUCCGAGUUUCCUCCGACAGAGGCUCCGCUGCAGACUCUCCACAUGGACGUGUGGGGUCCAUCCCGAGUCUGUGGACAGGGUCACGAGCAUUACUUCCUGCUGGUGGUUGACGACUACUCGCGUUACACCACAGUCUUCCCCUUGCACAGCAAAGGUGAGGUCACUGAGGUGUUGAUCGACUGGAUCCGCGCUGCCCGUCUCCAGCUCAGAGAGAGUUUCGGCUCGGACUUUCCUGUUCUGCGUCUGCACUCCAACAGAGGUGGAGAGUUUUCCUCUGACCCUCUGCGAGCCUUCUGUCGUGCACGAGGCAUCCGCCAGACGUUCACGCUUCCGGCCUCUCCACAGCAAAAUGGGAUUGCUGAGCGCCGCAUUGGCAUGGUCAUGGACGUCGCUCGUACGUCCAUGAUCCAUGCGGCUGCUCCCCAUUUUCUGUGGCCGUUUGCGGUUCAGUACGCGGCACAUCAGAUCAACCUUCAGCCCCGGGUCUCCACGCAGGAGACCUCCCCUGCUCUGCGGUGGACGGGAAAGGUUGGCGAUGCGUCUGCGUUCCGUGUCUGGGGAUCUCAAGCUUUCAUCCGCGACUUGUCUGCGGACAAGCUGUCCCCCCGUGCUGUUCCCUGCGUCUUCCUUGGCUUCCCCCCUGACGCGCCUGGUUGGCAGUUUUACCACCCCACCUCGCGCCGUGUUCUGUCCUCUCAGGACGUUACGUUUGACGAGUCCGUUCCCUACUACCAUCUCUUCCCCUACCGCACUGCUCCCCUUCCCCCCCCCCCCCCCGCCGCUCUUCCUCGCGCCAGAAUUCCUCCCCCCUCAGGUGUGUUCCAGGUAGACGCAGUCGAGCUUGUCGAGGUAGCUUUUGACCCUGGUGCUGCUAGGGGUGCUGAGCCUGCGGGUACUGGGUCUGGGGGUGCUGAGCUUGAGCGUGCGGAGCCUGGGGGUGCUGGGUCUGGCGGUACUGAGCCUGGGGGUGCUGAGUCUGGUGGUGCUGAGUCUGGUGGUGCGGAGCCUGAGGGUGCUGGGCCUCCUCAUGUGGAGUCUGGUGGUGUUGGACCUGGAGGUCCUUUGGGUGCUUCGUCCCGGCGGGAGCUACUCUCUCCGCAAGAGCUGCGCGAGUGGUUUGCUUGGCGCUGGAGCCGUGCUGCUAGAGCUGGUGGUGCUUUCGGCGCUGGAGGUUCUGCUCCUGGGGCUGCUGGAGGUUCUGCUGCUGAGGCUGCUACAGGUUCUAGAGCCACGGGUUCCGGAGGUGCUCGUACUGGAGGUACUGGAGAUGCUGGGCCUGGUGGUGCUACUGGUACUGGAGCUGCUGGCGGUGCUGCUGGAGUAGGUGCUACUGGAGGUACUAGAGCUGGAGCUGCUUCAUCUUUCGGUGAUCCUACUGGAGCUGCAGCUACUGUAGGUGCUGGAGCUGGAGGUGCUACUGGAGCCGGUACUCCUGUUGGUGCUGGAGUUGGCGCUACUGGAGCAGCUGGUGGUGCUGCUGGUGCUGUUGGAGCUGACGCUCGGGGUGCUGGUGCUGUCCCUGCAAAAUCUAGAGGUGCUGCGCAGCCGCAGCCGUACUUCGUUCCGCUCCAUCAGCAGGUUCUUGGUCUCCCACCUUCUACUGGUCCUGCUCCUUCCUUAGAGUGUCCACCACCUGUCCAGUCCGAGUCACGGUUACAGCUGGCCUCCCCACUGCCUGCUCCUUCCCCCUACACUAGUCCUACUAGAGGUCUUGCUGAGCGUCAUGAGCCUCAGUCUCGUCCUGCGUCGCCUGUUCGUGCUGCUCGCAUUGGUCGUCGUGUUCCGCGUCAGCGUCCUCCUGCGGUCCCAGGCACGCACCAGAUGGCACUGCGUCCUUCCACUGCUCCACUGCGUUUCCCUUUGCCGUCUCCACGAGAGUCCUCUCUUCCUGCUCUUGCUGACCCGGAGUCUGACUCCCUUCGUGCUGCUAGUCCUACUGUCAUGCGUCUCCUCGCUACUAUUGUCACUGACCCUUCCUUUGAGUCCACUGCUGCGUCUGCCUUAGUUGUUGAGCUUGUCGACUUCGCUGCUCACUGUCGUCUAGACUACGCCGCUAGUCUUGUUGCUAAGUCUGAGUCUGUCUGUCCUCCAUCCGUCGAGGGUGAGAGUGCUCUUAGCACGGACGUCGUUGAGUACAGGCAGGAGGAGUUCCAGUGUUUUGCGGCUGCUUUACCUCAUCUCGUGUCCAUGCUGCUUGCCCCUGAGGGAGACCCGGAUGCACCAGACAUCCCGACCCCGCACUCUUACGCAGAGGCGAUAGAGGGUCCCUACUCCUCUCACUGUCAGACAGCCAUGGACACAGAGAUGGCUUCGUGGAAGUCCACAGGCACCUACGUCGACGAGGUUCCCCCACCAGGGGCGAACAUCGUCAGUGGCAUGUGGAUUUUCAGGGCACCCCAGGAGUGGCGCGACACACUGAGGACUACGCUUGCGGCUCUUCGGUUUGCUCCUUCUACUGCUGACCCGUCGCUGUUUCUACGCACCGACACCUCGCUGCCGCCGUUGUACACCCUCGUGUACGUCGACGACUUGGUCUUUGCUACUGCUGACACUGCUAGACUCGCCCACAUGAAGUCCGAGCUGCAGAAGAGACUCACGUGCACAGAUCUGGGUGAACUGCGCAGCUAUGGCUUGCAGAUCAACCGGGACAGAGCACGGCGCACCAUUACCCUGACUCAAUCACACAUGGUGCAGCAGGUCCUUCAGCGCUUCGACUUCACGUACUCCUCGCCUCAGGCCACUCCUCUGUCUCCUCGCCACUUGCUCUCAGCUAUGCCUUCGGAUGAGUCCGUAGAGCCGAGUGGCCCGUACCUAGAGCUUGUUGGAUGCCUCAUGUACCUGAUGACCUGCACUCGACCUGACCUAGCAUACCCUUUUAGCAUGUUGGCACGCUAUGUUGCUCCUGGGAGACACCGACCAGAGCACAUGGUUGCAGCGAAGAGGGUGUUGCGCUACCUGUGCAAUACGUCGGGCAUGGGGCUCAUGCUUGGAGGGUGGAGUUCAGUGGUCCUCACUGGUCACACAGACGCGUCUUGGGUUGACGAUUUGGCUACGCAGCGGUCGUCACAGGGUUACAUCUUCAGCCUUGGUUGUGGCUCUUUUUCGUGGCGGUCUAUCUGCUCGUCUUCCGUUCUCAGCUCCAGCUAUGAGGCUGAGAUCUACGCAAUGGCCAUGGCUGCACAGGAGUUACGCUAG